AUGAAUACGCUGGAGCUAGAUAAGCAGCUAGCUGACUUGAGGAUAUACGCAAAUGAGUUAGAAGCGAAACUUCAAGAUGAUAUUAUUGCAUCAAAGAAGAAACCAUCAAUCCCACCGAAAAAAAAUAAAGCACCUUUACCUCAAAUACCACAAAGCUGCAUGGUAAAGUCAGCGUGCGAGCCGUCCUACUCUUCUAGACUUGAAUAUGGCAGCCGUACGAGUUCCACUUACUCUAAUUUAGUCCCUGUAAAGAGCUGUAUUGUUAGAAAUAAUACGGCAAGAGUACGGAGCGGUGAUGUCUUACUGUACAGUAAUUUAUUGCCACCAGGAGGCACAAAUCAUGUUUACUCCAAUAUGAUGAUGCAACGUAAUGCAUAUGGGGGAGACAGCAUAUAUGGAGACCGAGAUUCGAGGUCUGAAGUGUCCAGAAUUAGUGAUUUAGGUGCUCAGUCUAAUUACAGUGAAUUGCGCCGGCCUGGAUCUGCAUAUCCUCCUUCUUCGGCUUCGGUCAAUGCACAAGACUUCUCUACCUAUGGUGGAUCACAGACAUCUUCAACUUAUGAGUCACUGUAUGAACCUAUAAAUCCUCGACCAUGCAGUCAGCUGUCUGGGACUUCCUUAUAUGGUGGAUAUGUUGGUACUACAGUGGAACCAACUCCAGAACCCGAUGAUGCUUUAUAUUGUGGUAACUGCUAUAAGUGUGGUGAAAAAAUCAUGGGUGAGACCACAGGAUGUUCAGCCAUGGAAAGGAUUUAUCACAUAAAAUGUUUUUGCUGUCAGCAUUGCGGAAUAAAUCUACAAGGACGUCCUUUCUAUGCAGUGCAAGGUCGUGCAUUGUGCGAGAGAGAUUACUUGGACACAUUAGAAAAAUGUUGCGUGUGCAGUGAUCCUAUAUUGGAUAGAAUUCUUCGAGCGACAGGAAAGCCAUACCAUCCACGAUGCUUUACCUGUGUUGUGUGUCAAAAGAGUCUAGACGGUAUACCUUUUACAGUCGAUGCUGUAAACCGUAUACACUGUAUUGAGGAUUUUCAUAAAAGAUACGCUCCUCGCUGUGCGCGUUGCCGCGAGCCGAUAGUCCCCGAGGGCGGUGCUGAAGAGACCGUGCGCAUCGUGGCUCUGGACAAGAGCUUCCACGUCACCUGCUACGCCUGCGAGGAUUGUGGGGCCUCGUUGUGUUCUCGACAGGAAGGCCGGGGAUGCUAUCCCUUAGAUGAUCACCUUUACUGUCGUGAAUGUAAUGCAAGACGCAUACAAGAAAUUUCGCGAAGUAUUAACUAA